AUGUUUCGUACAUCAUACGAGUUGAGUAGCAGAACUGUGAUUGAUACGGGGAAUCCAUCGUACGACCCCGAUCAGGUUUACGACUGUGAUAUGUGUUCGGACGGCGGCUGGUGUAGCGAGACAGAAGUGAAUAUUCAUAAAAAUAAUAAACACAGCAAAGAACGCGACGCUAUUACCACGGACGAGACGAAACACGCUUGCAAGAUCUGUGUCAUACCUCACAAAAACGAAGAGGAAUUACUGAAGCAUAUAAAAACACAACAUCUACUAAGUUUCGAGGAUGCAUACAGAGUUGAACGUGAUAUAUUCAUAUGCAAUUACUGUUCACAAAUAUUCUUCAAUAAACUUCAAUUGGCCGUUCAUAUAACUUAUUGUCAUAUCGACAAGGAAAACGGUGUUGUGACCUGCCCGCGUUGUUUUAAAAGUAUUCGUAUAAAAUCUAUAUGGAUACAUUAUGAGAAACACAAUAUACAGAGUGUGUCUUCAUGCAAGAUAUGUUUGGACAAAUGCAAAAAUAGAGAACAUUUGAAAGAACACAUAAAAUCACACCUACCCUACUAUAAGUGUGAAAUGUGCGGGUACAUGGCGAAGAAACACGAUUUAUUCCAGCAGCACAUAAAGACGUUGCACAAAGACGACGAGGUUGUGGUUAAGGAGGGUAGAUAUAAAAAAUAUUUUGCUCCCCAAGUGUUGCAUUGGAGCAGAAAAUUACAAGGGAUAUCAGCAUUCAGAGGUCUCUAUUUACAAGAUUAUAUACGUGUUUGUGUGCUCUGUAGGGAAAUAUGUACAAGCACAGAAUCAAUGAAGCAUCAUAUACUGGUUGAACAUAAUAAAUAUAAAAUUAUGAAGACAGUGUUUUUGUGUAAUUGUGGUGAGAGUUUCACAAAUAAAGUGCUGUUUAAACAUCAUCUUUUCAAAAUGAAAGGUCAUAGAGAAGUGAGUGGUGGGUGA